UUUUUAUAUUUAUUUUCUAGCAAUCAAGUGAUUGUUGGCAGUUGAUGACAGGAGAUACCACACUGAUUAUACCAAAAGUCAAAGUAAAUAGUGUGACAGAAGUACCUCUUUUGUGUUGGGAGAAUAUGUCAGUACAGACAACAUUGCCUGGUGUCAGUGCUGCUGGUGGUUCAGCAACUGCCACAGUUUCUUCUAGUCCAGCUGUAGCAGCAGAAAAACUCAAGGCUGGUCUACGUAAGAAACAGAGUCGUAAUGAGCAGUUACCUGUCUUCAAAAAGUUGUUGGCGAAGGAUCGUAUUCUGAUGAUUCCCUAUAGUCAACACCAGACUUAUCUCACAACGGUUUUACAAGUGUUACGCCAGACAUUGCCAAUGCAUCAACUUCUACAAGAGACUAUACCGUGUAGUCAUCUAUAUAUUGGGGGACAAACCAAACCAAAACCUAGCUGUGUUUAUUGUAUUCUGGAUGCUUUGUUCUUUACCAACGGGACCACAACUAACGCUGUGAAAGAUGGUUUUGCAUCAGAGCAUUUCCAUGGCAACCGUACCUUCAACACUGAAAGAGAAUUUGAUGCCUUGGAGUACUUCAUGGCAGUGAAUUUUAAGCUGCAAGGUCUGUUUGGUAGUGAUGUCACUGAUUCUCUCUUCAGCAUCUUUAAAAGAGAGGUGAGUGUUUGUUCUGGAAAUCCCAGCCAUGUAUCAGCACCUAAAAUUACUAACAUGUUAGGAGUCAGUUUCCAAGGGCCCCAGGAGAUCACAUUCUCUUUGGAAGAAGCAGUGAAGGCUUUUUUCAAAACCGAGGAAACAGUCUGCCCUGCGCCACCUUGCGGAUGCCCUCCUGCACUUGUAAAGAACCAAUCCAGUAUUACGUCACUUCCUGCUACACUCAUGGUACGUAUUGCACGAUUCAGCGAGACUGGUCUGAAGAAUUCCAUGGCCAAUGUUCUCAUUCCACAUGCAUUGAUGGUGCAAUCGAUUGAUGAAGUGAUAUCGUAUCGUUUGUACGCAGUCAUCAGUCAUGAAGGUCCUUCAAUUAAAGCUGGCAUCUUUUCAGUCAGUUUAAUGUUGGAGGAGGAAAACAAAGUCAACUGUCAUCACCUGCAUAAGAAUAGAACGUCCUGCCGAAAUGUCACUGACCAGACUUACUUUGAGAAUGCCGACAGCCAUCCUUACAUGAUGUUCUACCAAGCACAGAAGGAAUGGGCUUUCCCACCAAAUGUCAAACAUCCCUUCUUCAUCGACAUCGACAACAAUAAGACACCUUCUGAGAAUCCAUCGUCAUCUCAAGAAUUGGCUGGAGGAGAUGGAGAGGUUCCAGUGGCGUCUACAUCUGAGUCUGCAUCAGCUACUGUUACCGCAUCUGGUGAUACCCCGGUUCAUAUCCCAAUGUCCAGCAGUGAUAAGCCCGGUCAGUGGGUAGUCACUCAAGAUGGUCAGAUCAUCUUUACUGGCGAUGCCCAGGCACAAAAAGAGCAGCCCACUAUCACCAUAAAACAAGAACCAGUGGAUGCUGAUCUUCCGAUCACCAUCAAGGUUGAAGAUGAUGAUUCCAACCAAAGUAGUGAACCAAUGACAAAGAGAAUAAAGAUAGAACCAGCAGAAUAAUAAUGAUUCCAUCAUAAACUAUGAUACUUACAUUCAUAUUGAUUCUUAGAAUACAAUUGCUGCCAAUUUAAAAUAAUAUAUAUAGUCCUUCAAAAUGUGUUACCAUGACAACAUUGGAUAAUGUUGCAGUGCUAAUUAACCUUUUUGGAUU